UCCCAUCAUGUAACCCAUUUUCUUAUAUUUUCAUUUGUUUAUGUUGAGUGUCGAGGCAUCUUUCCCACGUCUCAAAUGUGUUCUCUCAGUCACGAAGUUAGUUGGUUCUUUUCUUAAAAGUGCUAUUAUCUUCAACACCAAGUUACGUAACCCAAAACACUUGAUUCAACCGUAUCAAUGAACCCCUUUAAACUUCAUUUUCAAUAACCAUUUUCUAAAGAAAAGCUCUUUCCAAAAUGACUACUGAUCUCUACUCUGAUAAUUCCAGCGUCACGACGAUGACCGCAAGCCCUCGGAUUUCCUUCUCAUAUGAUCUCUCUCAAGAAGAAGCCGUUCCAGUGGAACGGCUUCUUCGAUCAUGUUCAUCGUCUAAUGUCGAUUUCAACUUCUUCGUCCACGAAAACUCUGAUCUCCACCAAGUUUCCAAUGCGGACGAGCUUUUCCUAGACGGGAAGAUCCUCCCAACGCCAAUGAGAUCCAAAACACAAAAAAAUAAAACUUCGCUGUCACUGUCGCAGCCAGAGAACGAAAAGUCACGCUCUCUGGCUGCGACAGAAGACGAGCGAAUAAAACAACAAAAUGCUAAUAAGUCAUUUUGGGGGUUUAAGAGAAGCAGCAGCUGUGGCGGCAGCGGGUACGCUAAAAGUUUAUGUUCGAUUGUUUCGUUGUCUCGAUCGCAUUCAAUGGGAUCUUCAACGAGUUCGAAGCAAACGUGUUCGUCUUCGAAGGAAGGAUUUAAUCAAAAAAGGCAAGGAAGUGUUCAGAAACCACCACCGUUGAGGAAAACUGGUUAUGGUUAUGGAAGUUAUGCUAAGGGUACAACUGGUAAUGGGAUUCGGGUCAGCCCGGUUCUGAAUUUGGGAUUUGGAUCCUUCUUAUAUGGUAAUAGUAAGAUAAAGAACAAGAAGUGAUGCGAUCAGUGAAGACAACAGGUAAUGAUUUGAUUAGGGGUUAAACCGCAUGAAAAUGUAUCAACUUCACAUUGUCAUUGUUUGUAUGAGAUUACAUUUAUAAAGCUUGUUUUAAUGCAUCAGAAUUUUUUAUUU